GCGCGGCGAUAUCGUAUCGCCUGGUUACCCCUCGAACGUCAACAACCUGAUUUUGCGGGUUUGUAUGGCUCACUAGAAACCUACAAACAGUCCUUACAAUCCUACGACGUCUUGAGAUCGUUAGAUCCCAUGUGUACGUUUCACGCCAAGCUUUUUAAAAUGACGUAGGGUGUACUCCAUAAAUACCAUAUCACAAGAAAAGAAACGGCUGUUCAAAGAUGGCAACCUCCUUCACGUCGCGAGGUUUUUGGAGAAAUGGAAGGGAGAAAACUGUUAUUUGUAAGCUUGUUGUCAGGAAAUUAGCCUCUUUCUCAGUACUGAAGCCUACCCUUGUCCCCUCAGAGGCUAUAGUGUUUUGUAGAGUCUGUCAAAGAAAUAAUGAACUGGGAACAUAUUCUAACAAGCAGACAUUCUGGCGAGGUUCUGUGCUAGCCCAUCGGUACUACAGUACUGACAGUGGAAAUAGUGAAGACUCCAGAGAGAAAAAAAGUCAACUGACAACAGAUUUGCCCAAGUUAGACCAAAAGAAUCAACAGACAACAGAUCCACCCAAGCCAGACCCUAAAGGUGCUCGUCGAAAGUAUUAUCAAAAGCUAGAACCAUCCCAGAUUGACUUUAAUAAAAAGUAUUAUGAAAACACCUUUAUCUCUGACACCAGAGCUAUGAGUGAUUAUCUACUGAAGCCAAGCGACUUGGAAGGAUUAAGGACGACAAACAUAAGAAGUGCUUACACUGAAUCGGACAUGCCAUUUGACAAGUUCUACCUCAAAUCAGAUGUUGAAGCAAGGGCCACAAGGGUAUGGGGAAGUCCUGAGGCGCUUGCAAGAGAGAUUUGGCUGCGCAGGAAAGCAAUGGAUGAAGACGAAAAAUACAGAAAAGGUCUUGCUGCAUUGAUUGGUCAUCUGAAGAAAUCCAUAAAAGAUCACACAAAGAAGAGCCAAGACAAUAUUCAUUUUGGAGGACGUGAGCAAAGGGCGACCCUGUUAAAGGGAUCAGCACGUGUCGUGGGAUAUGCUAUUAUCAGUAAUUUUGCAGUAAUGCUGUGCAAGUUUGGUGCAUAUGUGUACACGGGAUCUGCUACCAUGCUAUCUGAGUCAAUUCACUCACUCGCAGACUUGCUAAAUCAGUGUCUGUUGGCAUUUGGUAUCAUGCAGUCCAUCAAGCAGCCAUCACAUGACCACCCGUAUGGGUGGUCUCGUGCCCGCUAUGUCUAUUCUCUCAUCAGUGGGGUUGGCAUAUUUUUCCUUGGUGCUGGUGUGUCUGUCUAUCAUGGAGUGUCUACUUUGCUUAUAGGCGCUGAGCUUGAAAACUUGCUUGUGGCUUGUGCCAUUCUAGGAGGGUCUUUUGUACUAGAAGGAGCAACCCUGCUGGCAGCAGUAACACAAGUGAGGAAGAGUGCAAAUGAGAGUGGAAUGUCCUUUAGAGAAUAUCUUCUUCGCGGUCGGGACCCCACGGCUAUUGCAGUACUGCUGGAGGAUGGAGCCGCCGUGACAGGCGUCAGCCUAGGAGCUGUGUGUUUGGGACUGACGUCGUACACAGGCAGCCCAGUCUUUGACGCAAUUGGCUCACUCAUGAUUGGCGGUCUUUUAGGAACUGUUGCAUUCUUCUUAAUCCGAAGAAAUGCCGAUUUUCUUAUUGGAAGGUCCAUCCCCCCUGAGCGGCUAAGACAAAUCAUCGAGGUCUUGGAAAGUGAUAUUGUAGUAAGGUCAAUACAUGACGUCAAGGCGACAGAAUUAGGUGCCGAUACUGUCAGGUUUAAGGCAGAAGUGAAUUUUGAUGGUCGCGAGAUUAGUAGAUGUCUCUUGUCCAGGGUAGACCAGGAGCAAAUGCUUGCGGAAAUCCAGAAGUUGACAACGACAGCAGAGAUGGAGCAGUUCAUGUUGGAGUACGGCGAGCAGGUGAUAGACGUGCUCGGUCAACAGGUAGACCGCAUCGAGAGAAAUAUUAAGAAAAAGAGCCCCGAAGUACGGCACGUGGACCUCGAGAUUCUAUGACCAAGAUUCUACAAGACUCUACUUUUACUCAAAAUGGCGACUUAUAAGCUUAUUUAUAAUGUUUUGUAAUGAAAACUAAAACUGGAAGAUAACUUAUUUAAAGUUGCUUUAAAAUGAUAUACAAAGAUGGGGAUGUUUUAGACAAACUCAUUAAACUCAGAGCAUCUAAUCUAGUAGGGAUACUAUGAUUACAAAGAAAAUAAACAAAAUAUUAGGUG